AUGGCGAAUCGCACGGUUAAAGAUGCGAAGUCAAUACGAGGCACAAACCCUCAAUAUUUAAUUGAAAAGAUUAUCAGAUCCCGUAUAUACGAUUCUAAAUAUUGGAAGGAAGAAUGUUUUGCCUUAACUGCCGAACUCAUGGUCGACAAGGCAAUGGAAUUACGAUACAUUGGCGGCGUGCACGGAGGCUUUAUAUACCCUACUCCGUUUUUGUGUUUAGUUUUAAAAAUGUUGCAGAUCCAGCCUGAAAAGGACAUUGUAGUAGAAUUUAUCAAAAAUGAAGAGUUUAAAUAUGUGCGUGCGUUAGGGGCUUUUUAUAUGAGACUGACAGGAUCGUCAGUUGAUUGUUACAAGUAUUUAGAACCUCUUUACAAUGAUAACAGAAAGUUGAGAAGGCAAAACCGUGAAGGACAGUUUGAAAUAGUUCAUGUGGAUGAGUUUAUAGAUGAACUGCUUCGAGAAGAACGGCUUUGUGACGUGAUUCUGCCUAGAAUCCAGAAGAGACCCAUAUUAGAAGAGAAUAAUGAAUUGGAGCCCAAAAUUUCAGCUCUUGACGAUGAUUUAGAUGAAGACAUGCCUUCUGAUGAUGAGAAUGUUGAUGUUGAAGUUAAGGAGAACAAGAGAGAGAAGGAUAGAAGGGAUAGAGACAGAAAGAGAGACAGAUCAAGAGAACGUGAGAGACGCGAAAAGGAUCGCAAACGUGAAAGAUCACGUAGUCGAGACCGAGAUAGAAGAAGAGAAGAGAAUAGAAGAGAACGGGAACAUCCUGUACACAACUUUUUAUAG